AUGUCAAUUUCCGGUCCUCCCGUGACUUGGAAUCAAGCAUGCCUCAAUGGCUUUCUCUGCCAUGCCGAAGGCAUGGAAUGGGAGUAUGUCAAGAAUCAUCUCUGUCGUGCUCUUCUUUCAGGGCAAACGGGUGGAAUAGUAUGUGGUUGUCGCGGUUGUCGUCGUCGUCACCCGUGCGGAGCUGUUUGGUGGGGUGGUUUUGCAGCACUUCUCCGACUUCAACAGCACCAGUUCAACAGUGUUCGUUUCCUCAACAAAGAACCAUCGCAACACAUCUUGGACAUGGCAUCAAACGGGCAGGGAGCCGCCGAGACUGUCCAGACUGUCUUGGAUGUACUUCGUCCGCUGGGUCCCGAGCAAAAUCCCGUGAGAAACAUCGUGGCGCGUGGUCUGCUGGCAAGAAAUAAUGAUUCGAGCAUCGUUGACAAUUCCGAGAGAGUCGACAUCUCGGCUCUCGCUCUUCUCAAGAUGCUGAAGCACGGUCGCGCUGGUGUUCCGAUGGAGGUCAUGGGCCUCAUGCUGGGCGAGUUUGUCGACGACUACAGGGUCAAAGUUGUGGACGUUUUCGCCAUGCCUCAGUCCGGUACCGGUGUCUCCGUUGAGGCCGUCGAUCCGGUCUUCCAGACCAAGAUGAUGGACAUGCUGCGCCAGACUGGCAGACCAGAGACCGUUGUCGGCUGGUACCACUCUCACCCCGGCUUCGGCUGCUGGUUGUCGUCCGUCGACAUCAACACCCAGCAGUCGUUCGAGCAGCUCACUCCUCGCGCCGUCGCCGUUGUGAUUGAUCCCAUCCAGUCUGUCAAGGGCAAGGUCGUCAUUGACGCGUUCCGUUUGAUCAACCCUCAGACUCUCAUGCUCGGACAAGAGCCUCGUCAGACCACAUCCAACUUGGGUCACCUCAACAAGCCCUCCAUUCAGGCACUCAUUCACGGUCUCAACCGUCACUACUACAGCAUCUCGAUCGGUUACACCAUGACGCCUGUCGACGAAUACAUGCUCAUGAGUGUUCACAAGAAGAGCUGGUCCGCUCCGCUCGUGAUGGAGGACUUCGCCGUUCAGCGCAAGCGCACCAACGACAACAUUCAGAAGCUGUCGGAGCUCGCCGGCGACUACCUGCAGAGCGUGACUGAGGAGCCCAACCUCACCGAGGAGCAGCUUCGCACUCGCUACGUUGGCAAGGUCGACCCCAAGAAGCACAUUGCUGCUCUUGCGAAGGACGUCAUGGAGGAGAGCAUUGUCAACAUCAACAAGAUGCUGAUCAACAAGGAGAUUGGUGCGCCUUCUGCUGGUAUUGGCCGCAAGAUCCCUGGCACCUCGUUCGCGAAGCCCGGUCAAGCUCCGCACGCCUUCGGUGCUGCUCGGAAGGCGAAGGCGGCCACCGCUGCUGAGAACGGCGAGGCGGAGGGCAUGGAGGUCGAUGAGGAGUUGUAA